AUGCUCUGCACCUACAACGCCAGGACAGUCUCCACAAACGUCGACUUCCACGCUCUUCUCGACGCUGCAGAGCACAUCAAGUACCAUAUCAUCGCUCUGCAGGAAAGGAAGUCCAGGAAGAAGGACGUGCGACAGAUGAGUGAUGGGACUCUCAUCAUUUGUGGUGAAAAGAAGACCAUCAGCAUCAUCAACUGCUACUCACCAACAUCAGCAGCUGACGAAUCAGAACUAGACGCUUUCUACGGAGACGUGGAGCACGUCGUCUGCGACGAAGAGUCCUUCCACAAGUUCGUUGUGGGCGACUUCAACGUGAAGAUCGGGAUGACACUAGAAGAGGAGUAUCGGAUCGGGAAGUUUGGAUAUGGGCUUCGAAACGAAAACGGCAACCGUCUCGUUGGGCUUCUCUCCACCGCACGACUUUUCCAUGGAAAUUCCAUUUUCAUGAAAAAGGAACAUUGCCGGUAG